UAGUUUUUGCAUACACAUUUUAUAUAUUGGAAAUAAUCUGUUGUUUUAGCAAAUAUUUCAGAGUAAGUUCUUCAUUUUGAAUCAACAAUAUGAUCAGGAUUUCACACUAGUGGUGAAGAAAUUUAAGAUGGAAUUUGAUCUCAAGAAGCAGGCGAAGGAGGAGUUUGAUAUCAAGAAGCAGGUGAAGAAUACAGGGUUGUUGCAGAGUGAGGAAUUGCACAAUUAUAUUCUAGAAACUAGUGUUUAUCCACGCGAAGCAGAACCUCUCAAGGAGCUCAGGGAAGCAACUGAAAAUCACCCUAAGUCCUUCAUGGCUGGCGCACCAAUUGCAGGACAAAUGAUUUCAUUCCUUUUGAAGAAGGAAAAUGCUAAAAAGACUAUUGAAGUUGGAGUUUUUACAGGAUAUUCCCUUUUGCUAACUGCUCUUUCGAUUCCGGAUGAUGGAAAGAUUACUGCAAUUGAUUGUGAUAGAGAAGCAUAUGAGAUUGGCUUGCCAUUCAUCAAAAAAGCUGGUGUUGAGGGGAAAAUUGAUUUUAUUGAAUCAGAUGCUCACCUAGCUCUUGAUAAUCUUCUGUUGAAUCCUAAGAAUGAGGGAAGUUUCGACUUUGCCUUUGUGGACGCGGACAAGCCUAGCUACCAACAUUACCAUGAGCGGUUGAUCAAGCUCGUCAAGGUUGGAGGCGUGAUUGCUUACGACAACACGCUUUGGGGGGGAACAGUAGCCAUGCUUGAAUCACAAGUACCGGACUUCAUGAAGGAGUACCGAGAGGCCAUCAUGAAAUUAAACAAGUCUCUUGCUGCUGAUCCUCGCAUUGAUAUUGCUCAACUUCCUCUAGGUGAUGGUAUUACCUUUUGUAGGCGUCUUUAUUGAUCAAUUCUCUUAAUUCUUCUAAUAAUAAUGUUGCAAUUGAACAAUGCAAUCAAAACUUUGUAGCCGCUUAAACAAUUUGUUAGCCAAGUUAAUAUUGUGUGUAGAAUUGCACAUUAAUUAAUAUUGUUGAUCAUUUAUACUUGGUAAAA